AUGGAGUUACAUUCUCGCUUGUUACGCAGAUCACUCCGGGCCGAGCUUGAUGGAAGGAAACGGUUUGGAUACUCAGAAGUCUCUGGCUCUGACUUAGCGGUCAUGAAAUUGACAUGCCUUCUUCCUACAACUAAAGGGACUUCGUGGGCCAACCAGAGCUUACAAGAGUGUUUAUGGUCGAGUGCUCCACUGGUGAAGUCUGAUGGUGAUUCAAUGGAUCGUAUCACAGAGAAUUCGGUAAGAUGUUGGAUCAAAGUUGAUGCAAACUUAAGAUUGUUCUUAGUUUUUGUGCCUUCUCGGACUCUUGAGGCUGCUUGUGUUUCUAGGCCUUUUCGACAUAUAUCUACAUAA